AUGGCACAACCCAUUACUCUUCUCGCCUUCAGCGGCCACGAGCAUUUACGGACGCGGGUGGUACUCUCGGUACUCAGUGGAAAGCAAGUGAAGAUCGAUAAAAUUCGCUCAGACGACAAAAACCCUGGUCUACGAGAACCCAUCAUCAUGCUCGCACCUUUUGCCAAGCGUCCUUUCCAGUUGACGCUGAGGGGCAUCACGACAGACGAGCAUGACCUAUCUGUCGACCUUCUCCGAACAGUCACAUUACCGCACCUACAAUUCUUCGGCAUCUCGGAUGGCCUGGAGCUCAGGAUAAAAAAGCGUGGCGACCCGCCAUUGGGCGGUGGGGAAGUCCAGUUCCUGUGUCCCAUUGUAAAACAGGUUAAGACCCUCAACUUUGUCGAGCCUGGCAAAAUAAAACGUAUCCGAGGCGUCGCCCAUGCCGUUCGGGUUAACCCUCAAUUCUCUAAUAGGAUGAUUGAAGCCGCAAGGUCUGUGCUCAAUCGAUAUAUUCCUGAUAUAUAUCUGUAUUCGGACGUGUACAAGGGUGAAGAGAGUGGCAAAUCCCCAGGCUAUGCUCUUAGCCUUCUUGCAGAGUCGACGACAGGUGCACUUCACUGCGCAGAAGCUGCUUCUGAACCAGGCGUUGUCCCCGAGGACAUUGCCCUCAAAGCUACCCGGGCUCUCCUCACUGAAAUCGAAAAGGGAGGCUGUGUAGAUCGAAAGCACCAAUGUCUAGUCUUGCUCUAUAUGGUUCUCGGUAGUGAAGAUGUCGGACGAUGCGUAAUGGGCGAACCCACACCGCGAACAAUCCAGUUCUUGAGGGACGUGAAGGAGUUUUUUGCGACCUCGUUCAAAAUUGCCAGUGCAGAUCCGUCAGAUCCCGAGUGCAAGCAAUUGACGUAUUCAUGCUACGGUACUGGAUACGCCACGGAUAUCACCGAGGGUCCCUACUACCCGCAGUACCAACCAUUCCGAGACUGCGAAGGCCUCACGGUCGCCCCGUUGCUCCAGACACGGAGGAGUACUUAA